AGCUCUACUCCAUUUUGAAAACUUUCUCCGAAGACCUGCUUGGCUGUCGGUAAUUGUUUGGAACCAUGAAUGCAGAACUUUCACGACAAUUCUGAACGAGAAAUUGUGCCGAGCUCGAGUGGUGUUUUACUACGCAUCCAUCUCGAGCCUCCCUUCAUGUUUUAAUCGCCAUGAGGAUUUUUAAGAAACACUUUAGAUUUUGAAUCGAAGUCUCAAUCGACAUAAACAAAAAUGGAAUCACAAGAUUCACGGAGUGCUGGGAUUUUGCAAGCGAUUCUGUCUCGCUCGGAUUUAUGUAUUGCACUAUAUGAUUACGAAGCAGCCGAGGAAGAUGAGCUUUCCUUCAAAGCGAACGAGUGUAUAGAACUUCUUUCAAAGGAUCCUGAAAUUAGCGGAGACGAAGAUUGGUGGGUUGGCAGAGUAGACGGACAAGAAAAAAUUGGACUUUUUCCUGCAAACUACGUAACAAAUGAAAAACGAAAAUCUAGUCUCUUCCAGCCUUUAGAAAUUCCAUUUCGAAAUAUCGAGCUGAUCGAUGUUAUAGGCGUUGGAGCGUUCGGUAAAGUAUAUCGAGGUAUAUGGAGAGACGAGGAAGUUGCAGUGAAAGUGGCCAGAACCGACAACUACGAGGAUUUCACACAGACCCUAGAUAGCGUCAAAAAAGAAGCUCGAAUUUUCUCUAUGCUACGGCAUCAGAAUAUUGUAGGCUUGCUUGGAGUGUCACUAGAACAACCUAAUUUGUGUCUGGUGCUCGAGUAUGCCCGGGGAGGCGCUCUGUCUAGGGCGCUUAGCUCUUAUAAUAGGAAUAUUCCACCAAGUGUUUUGCUGAACUGGGCAAUUCAGAUAGCUCAAGGGAUGUUCUAUUUGCACUCGGAGGCACCAGUGACUAUCGUCCAUCGAGAUUUAAAGUCCGGCAACAUUUUACUGCAUUACAAAAUCAAUGAAAGUGACUUCAAUAACAUAUUGAAGAUCACAGAUUUUGGUCUGGCUCGCGAGAUAGCAAAUACUACCAGAAUGAGUGCCGCUGGUACAUAUGCAUGGAUGGCACCAGAAGUCAUUCGAACAAACACAUUCUCCUUUGCAAGUGAUGUUUGGAGUUAUGGUGUGGUGUUGUGGGAGCUCCUGACUGGACAAGUUCCAUAUAAAGAUGUAGAAGCUCUUGCGGUAGCAUAUGGUGUUGCUAUGAACAGUUUAACUCUGCCAAUACCAACAACAUGCCCUGAAGUGUUCAAAAACCUUAUGGCUGAUUGUUGGAAUCAGGACCCUCAUAAGAGACCCACCUUCAAGGCUGUUCUAGAGGCUUUGGAAGAAAUCAGUGACUCUGCCUUAAUGGAGACCCAACAAGAAUCUUUUCAAUCUAUGCAGGACGGCUGGCAGACAGAGAUUGAACAAAUAUUCAAUGAACUGAAACUCAAGGAAAGGGAGCUGUCAUCUCGGGAGGAUGAACUGCGUAAGAUCCAGAUGGUUCAGGAGAGCCAUGCAGAUGCCUUGAGACGAAGGGAAGAAGAGCUGGCUGCCCGCGAGAUGAACCUAUUAGGGCGGGAAAUAAGUAUUAUUAUACAGCAACAAAAGCAGUUAAAGCCUUCGCCAAAGAAGAGAAAAGGACACUUCCUCAAGUUUCGAUUUGGGAGUUUAGGGAGAAAGAUCAGUGCGCCCUCAGGGUUCCAGCACCGCUUCACCAUCACUUCAGAUACGUUUGAUUUUGACUCCCCUGAGAAUGGCGAUGGUCAUUCCUCCUCCUCGCCCCUCUCCCCCACAGUGGUGCACCGCUAUAGGCUCCAGUCACUGGAGGACCCAGGCCCCGGCGAAGAUUCUCAUCCUGGUAACGAACACAAGAAGAAGAUCCGCACGUGGGGUCCAAGCUCGGUGCACCAGAAAGAGCGAGAAAGUCGCGCGAUCCGCAUCAAAGCACGUGACAGGUUCCUCGGCGAGCGCUGCGCGUCUGUUCCGAACCUGGGCUCGCAGAUUCAUAAGGAACAAGACCGCAAGACCGCCACGGCAGAUAGCAGUCCCGUUUCCUCUCCUCGCCUCGCCAGCAAGUCCAACAAGCACCCGAAGAUGAAGUACGAGAGGGCUAUUUUCCGUGUGGGCGCCAUGCUGUCCGCGAUAGGGCUUGGUAGUGACAUAGCGCUGGUGGCACGUGACAUGCACGAGGUGCAGCUACGAACGGGAAACAAGCGAAAAUCGCCGACUUCACGACGGAGCCGCGAGAUCAACCGACGAUCAUGGCUAAGCUCGAUUUCCGUCGAGGACGAGCCCGAGCCCGAACCUCAAGCGGACACUUCUUCGACUUCAUUCGGGAGAUACUCGGGUGCCGAUUUCGGUCUGUUGCGAGGAGGUAACAAAAGGCCCAUCUCGACCCCUGUUCUUCUAAAAGCGACGUUUUACACCGAUAAUAAAAGAACGAGUACUUUCGUGGAGCCGAACGCGCCGAAUAAUCGCCCUCGGGCUACGACGUGCGCGACCACGGAACAGCAACUGAUCGAUCUCUCUGAGGUACGGGACAGGCGGUCGAGAUCUUUCGAUUCCAACGUCAACAAUCACGUGUCCAAUGCUGCCGACCCGUAUGGGACCAAUGCUGGAGACCUGGUGACGUCACGACGCACUGACUCGCCUGAUGUCGAUAACGGGAACCGGGAUUCUCCCCCACCCACCUCCCCACGGGCAAAUCUGCCCAAAUACGAGGUGAACUCUAAUCGAAUGCCCGGGCUCCGGGAGUCGUCGCUGGAUGGCAAAAUCCCCGGCUGGGAAAAGCCCGUGGACUCAAAUUCAAUGAAAUUAAAUGAACUGGAAAAGUUGUCUCUUUUGGACUUGAAUGACGAAGUGCAGGACCCCACCAAGCCGCUGCUACAGCCUGCGGGCUCAGCUGUAAAGACCCCUACCAUACAAGAACUCGAGAGAGAGUUUGUGCGGUAACCAGCUGCUUUCAUGCAUAAGGGAUACGGGGAUUGUUUUUACUGAAACUGCUAGGGACUUUAUUUCCUUUAAAACUCUUUUAUGGUUGUUACGCGACCACGGCGAAACCAAAACCCUUGUCUCGUUUAAGAAUAGCGCGUAACCAGUCAGCAUCCUAAGCCAAUCGAUGCCUUUCAUGUUUUCACUGUCGUGUUCAUAAACCAUUUGGCUGCACACAGCUAGGGAAUUGAUUGGUCACGGUGGUAUGAAUGAAUUCUCGGCGGUCGCGCAACAACGAAUUUGGCUAUAACACAUAGCCACGCAUGCUUCUCACAACAUGUGCAUUCUCACGCCAUGACAGGUUAACACGUCACGCAAUCUCUAAUUUAUGUCACAUUAUACAGCAUCUUUCCAAUGUUAGAAAUGUCAUGUGACUAGUAAUUUUCACUUUCAGUGCGUAUAGAAUUCCAUGUGUGGUACAGACUACGGAGAUGCCUCAAUUUCUUCGUAGAAAGUAAAUGUAUGGUCAGCCACGUGACAUUUCUAGAAUAACAUCUUUUUAUGGGUUGACAACUUUUGCAUGAUCAGUUAUAUGUGGUUAGGUACUUCAAUUUGUUUCGACUCUAAUAAGUUACCUUAUUUGGCUUGUGCAUCACGCCAUGUCAGUCACGUGUAUCAUGUGUAACGUGUUUCUGGGCGGUGUCACUCAAAAUCGCAAUUUCUUCGCCGGGAAGCAUGAGGUUCCGCUAUAAAAGGGAUAGCUCCUCCCAUCCCCGGGCUCAACAACAAUCAGUUAUCAACCAGCCGUCAAUGCGUCAACAUGUCAGGACAAUUACUCUGAGCGCUCAAUUCAAAUUUCAUAUUCUAAAUCAAAAUAAAUAUCAUUCCUAGAGUUGUCCAUCUGAAAAAGUAAAAUAACGCUAUGCCAAGCUGUGUGCGCUCUAAAAUACGAGUAUUUUCAUCACAGCGCGAGAAUAAUUUGUGCAGGUGCGUUAGAUUGUGGAUAGCGCUUGUUACCUGUGCAAAAAUAGUUUUAUUCAAUCCGACUUAGGCUCAGAGAUAAGCAAUAUUUUGCAGGAGGCUUAUAAUUUGUGACUGCUAGCGUGGCAGUGUUCUGAUUAUAAUUGCAUAUUUGAGCCCGCGGGUGGGAGGAGCUUUCCCUGUUAUAGCGGAACCUCGUGUUUAAAUAAUGAGUUCUAAGGGAUGCCGCUCAAUAGUUCUUCAUAGUGGCACCCUAAUCCGCCACAGGAAACCCACGUAUCAGCCUCUCCAGGCUACGAUAUUUUAAUAGAGAAAUUUCUUUUAACAAUACAAUUAUUAGUUAGAAGCAACAAUUUUGAAUUCUGAAAGGUCAAAUGCUGUAAAGAAUUACUUUAAAAUAUGAAAAUCAAAAUUUUGCACAAAAUGAUAGAAAAGAAUAAAAUAUAUAUAUAUACUA